AUGAGCGGCCCCUUGCGGCCGGGCUCUAGCGUCUGGCGGCGGGCGGCCACCGUAGUGCUGGCUGCCGGCUGGACGCGCCCGGGUGCCGCCGCCCGGUCACUGCCCCCGCCGCCCUCCGAAGGCUUCCGGCUGCUGCUGCUGCAGCGCUCCGCGAACCAAGGCUUUAUGCCCGGUGCGCACGUCUUCCCGGGCGGCGUGCUGGACGCGGCAGAUCGCUCUGCGGACUGGCUGCACCUCUUCACCGAGCACCAAGGGCAGCCGCGCUUCGGCUUGGGCCCAGCGCCGCCCCGGAGAGCCUCUUUCCCCGUGCUGCCCGACGCCGCCGACGGACACGCCGGGGCACUGCCAGAUGACGUCGCCAUGCGCAUCUGCGCCAUCCGCGAGACCUUCGAGGAGGCGGGGGUGCUGCUGCUGCGGCCCAGGGGCUCCCUGCAGGGCUCCGAGCCCCCAGGUCCGGCUCGGGAGCCCGGCCUUGCCCUGGCCCCGCCGCAGGGCCUGGAUGCCUGGCGCGCGCGUGUCCGCCGCGACCCGCGCCACUUCCUGCGCCUGUGCGAGCACCUGGACUGCACUCCCGACAUCUGGGCGCUGCACGACUGGAGCGCCUGGCUCACGCCAUUCGUGCGCGGUGGCAGUCGGCGCUUCGACACGGCAUUCUUCCUGUGCUGCCUGCGCGAGCCGCCGCCGGUCUAUCCCGACCUGUCGGAGGUGGUGGGCUGCCAGUGGUCAUCUCCAUCAGAGGCAACUAAAAGUUUCAUAUCAAAAGAAAUUUGGCUGGCGCCCCCACAGUUCUACGAAGUAAGACGACUUAAAAACUUUGCCUCUCUGUCUGACCUGCACAAAUUUUGUUUGGAUCGUGCCUUAGAAGAGGCUGAACGGUGGCUGCCAAUUACAUAUUUAACUGCUGAUGGAAUGCUCCAGCUUUUACCUGGAGAUGAGCUGUACCUAGAAGAUUCAGACUAUGUAGAAAAGUCUUUGUCUACUGAAAAAACAACUAAAGAAAUCAUGAAGGAAGGCAAGAAAUUUCACCGAAUAGUGAUACACAAUCGCCAUCUUUAUGAGGUCCAUGUGACUGUUCAGUCAAAGUGUAAACAUGUUUAUCCUAAGAACUACAUAAUAAAUAAGAGCCAUUUGUAGGGAGCUACUUCUUUCUAACUAAACUAUUUCAGUUGUGGGAAUGAUUAAGAGGGUUGACUAAACUUGUUUGAAAAUUAUAUAACUUGGUGCCUGUGCAAGCUAUCAUGGAGUGUUUCUUCUUUUAAGUGUGUUGUGGAGCUCUCUUGCUUAUUUUAUUCUUUUAAUCAUUCAGUAUGCAGUGAGUAUAAAAUUGAUAUGUUACCAAAAUGAGAAAAAAAAAGUCACAAGGGGGCCUACUUCUAUAUUGUUUUAUUAGCCUAAAAGUUUAAAUAAGAUGUUCUAUUGCCAUUGUUUCAAUUGUCCCACAUAUUAGCAUUUUUCCUGAUGUGCUUUGGAAGUUGAACCAUGAAUUUCUUAGACUUUCUGCUGAAAUUAAUUUAAGAGUGCCUGACUGGAUGGCAAACACUAGACUGAGACACCCUUCAAGUGAUAAUGCCAUUGUUUUCUUGCUAUUGUCUUUAGCUUGAUUACUAAGAUCCAAUUCUGUUUAAAACCAAGUGGCAUUAGUAAAUAUAUUAUGUUUUCCAAAUUGGAAAUCUAUUUUAGUUAAUAUUUUAAAGAAAUAUGAAGCCAUACAGACCUAUCAACUUUUAUGUUAUUAAGUGCUGGUUAAUAAAUACAGAGUUCAGAGAGAAUGUUAAAUUAGGUUUAUUUUCAGUAUGAUUAAUAUGGAUAGUGUUUUCACCUCCUUUAAAGAGGUAUAAUUUUUUUGCUGAUUAAAGGUGGGAAUUAAUAGUUAAAAACACCAAUUCUUUUUCAUUAUAUUUGACUAUAUUAUGCAUAACACAAUGGAUUUCUUAUUUCAUGAAAUUUCUUAGUUUUUCUAACAACCAAAUAAAGACAAUCAUAAAACUUAUGUGUAUUAUUUAAUCCUGAUUAGAGGAAUAUAUCUAGAGCAGUGGUUCUCUACCUGGGCACUUUCGCCCUUGGGUCAAUUCUAGACAUUUCUGUUUGUCACAACUGAGGAGGGGAUACUACCACCAUCUAGUGGAGAGAGACCAGGGAUGCAGUUAAAUAACCUGCCUGAGACAAAGAGUUGUCUGGCCAAGGCUGAGAAACACUGAUUUAAAGGCAAUUUUACUUGUUUCAGUAAAUGGUCCCGAUAGGUGAAGUAUGAGAACCACAGACAUAGUUGUCAUUCCUUCUGGCUUCUGAGUCUAUUAUAACUCUCCUUAAUGACUUUUAGCCUUGGGCUUAGUCUUUCAUUCUCAGAGAAUACUAGAAUGUUACAGGGAAGGGACCAAAGGAACCUGUUUAUGCCAUGAUUUUUUCAAGUGAGAAAACAGAUACAGAUUCAUGCAACUAUUUAGUGCCAUAAGCAGGGGAAGAACUUUACCCCUAACCCUGCUACACUUUUCACUGGAGUUACUAUGACUGAGUGGUUUUAGAUAUCAUGAAAAAAAUUAUGUGACUUUUUUUUUCAUAGAAAAGAUAGUUUAACUCAAUAUUGUUAAUCUGAAUGAAACUUGUCCCCCAGGAAUUCUUUCUGGGCAGGCAUAGUGGCACAAUCAUGUAAUCCCAGUGACUUGGGAAGCUGAGGCAGAAGAAAUCACAAGUCAGUCUGGACAGAUUGGUGAAAUCCUGUCCCAAAAUAAAGUAUAAAGGGCUGGAGGUGUAGCUUAAU